UAAACUAGCAAACUGUUAAUGUCAGAGGAGUUGCCGUGCGUACUACAGCCUUGCAAAUGAAUUAAGGAUGUUCUAGACAGUGGCUUUUCUGCUGUGACACUUAGUAGUGCAGUGGUGCUGUGCAACUGAUAUUACACACACGGCUUUUCUCUUGAAUUUAAAGUCAGAAGGUACAACAAUGAGGGAGAAAAGAAACUCGUAUAAAUGGCUUUGUGUGUUUUUCUCUUGGCUACAGUUUUCUUUACUGGAUUUAUUAUAGGAUGGUUUGGGAAAUCAUCAAAUGAAAAAAAUGAAGACAUCAUAAUUCCAAACUUCAAGAAGAAGUUUCUGUUUGAGAUGAAAGCAGAAAAUAUAAGGAAAUUUUUAAGAAAUUUUACACAAGUCCCUGUUCUGGCAGGGACAGAACAGAACCUUCGCUUAGCAAAGCAGAUACAAAUGCAGUGGAAGGAGUUUGGCCUGGAUUCAGCAGAGCUGGUUCAUUAUGAUGUCCUCUUAUCUUACCCCAACAAAACUAACCCUAACUAUAUCACUGUCAUAGAUGAAGACGGCAAUGAGAUCUUCAGGACCUCCUUAUAUGAGCCAGCACCUGAAGGAUAUGAAAAUAUUACAGAUGUUGUUCCACCAUUUAGUGCAUAUUCAGCUAAAGGAACACCUGAGGGUGAACUGGUGUAUGUGAAUUAUGCUCGCACUGAAGACUUUCAGCAGCUAGAACGUGAGAUGGGUAUAAACUGCAGUGGGAAGAUUGCUAUUGCCAGAUAUGGAAAAAUCUUUAGAGGAAACAAGGUUAAAAAUGCAAUGUUGGCUGGUGCUAUUGGACUUAUCCUAUUCUCUGAUCCAGCGGAUUAUUGUGCACCAGGGGUAGAUAUAUAUCCAAAGGGCUGGAACCUUCCACCUCUCGGAGCACAGCGUGGGAAUGUAUUAAACUUGAAUGGAGCUGGUGACCCAUUAACACCUGGCUACCCAGCAAAAGAACAUGCCUUCAGGUACAAGGAGGAUGAAGGUGUUGGCCUACCAAAGAUUCCAGUUCAUCCCAUUGGAUACCAAGAUGCAGAGCAACUUCUACGAAAUAUGGGAGGAGUUAAUUCGCCACCAAACUGGAAAGGAAGCUUAAACAUUUCCUACAACAUUGGUCCUGGCUUCUCCAGUAACUUCUCUGAAAAGAAGGUCAAAAUGCACAUUUAUACCACUAACAAGGUGACAAGAAUUUAUAACAUAAUUGGAAAAAUCCAUGGCGCAGUAGAAACAGACAGGUAUGUCAUUUUGGGAGGACACAGAGAUGCAUGGGUAUUUGGAGGUAUUGAUCCACACUCAGGAGCAGCCGUUGUUCAUGAGAUUGCAAGGACUGCUGGGAAACUGAAAAAAGAAGGUUGGAGGCCUAGAAGGACAAUUAUAUUUGCCAGUUGGGAUGCUGAAGAAUUUGGAUUACUGGGUUCCACUGAGUGGGUUGAGGAAAAUGCCAAAAUUCUCCAGUCACGAGGAGUUGCCUACAUUAAUGCUGAUUCUUCUGUUGAAGGAAACUACACACUGCGAGUAGAUUGCUCACCCUUGCUCUAUGCAUUGGUGUAUAACCUGACUAAAGAGAUUCCAAGUCCAGAUGAAGGAUAUGAGGAUAAAUCAUUGUAUGAAAGUUGGCUUCAAAAAGACCCCUGGACAGAUUACAAGGAUACUCCAAGAAUAAACAAACUUGGAUCAGGAAAUGACUUUGAGAGCUUCUUUCAACGAAUUGGCAUUACAGCUGGCCGGGCUCGCUACACAAAAAACAGGAAAAGUGAUAAAUACAGUGGCUACCCUCUUUACCAUAGUGUGUAUGAAACCUUUGAAGUAGUGGAGAGGUUCUAUGACCACACCUUUCGGAAUCAUCUUGCUGUAGCUCAUGUACGAGGAGGAUUAAUUUUUGAACUGGCAGAGAGACCAGUCAUACCCUUUGACCCCAGGGAUUAUGCUGAAGCUUUAAAUAUUUACACAAAUAUCAUCUUCAAUAUGGCCAAGAAGCAUAAUACAGACCUUCAGUUAUAUACAAUUUCUUUUGAGCCACUAUUUUCUUCAGUGAAAAAUUUUGCUGAAGCUUCCAAUGCCUUCCAUAAGAGGCUGAAAGAAGUUAACACCAGUAGUCCAGUUGCACUACGGAUUGUAAAUGACCAACUGAUGUUCCUGGAAAGAGCUUUCAUUGACCCUCUUGGCUUACCUGGCAGGCCGUUCUACAGGCACAUAGUGUUUGCACCCAGCAGCCAUAAUAAAUAUGCAGGGGAAUCAUUCCCUGGAAUCUACGAUGCCCUGUUUGACAUUGGAAAUAAGCCUGAUCAGCAGAAGUCAUGGAAUGAAGUAAAGAGACAGAUUUCAAUUGCUGCCUUCACAGUACAAGCUGCAGCAGACACACUAAAAGAUGUAGUCUGAAAUAUCUGUUACUACAACUCAUCACACUAGAGUGCAUGCCAAGAAUAUCAGUAAAGAAGAGGCAUAAAACAGUAAGGCGGCUUCAGAUAUCAACAGCAUGGGCACAUAACCUAAGAUAUGACGUGCCAAAGCUAGUAUUGUUUACAUAUAAUUACAGAUUGUGAUUACAAGGGAUUAUUUUGGAGGAGUGUAUAUAUUGCUUCUUACUGAAAACAAACAUUCCACUCAUUUUUGCUUUAAAGCACAGAAUGAUUUACUUUUGAUUUUCAAUAAAA